CUUCGGUGGUUCUAGCCUCCUCGCCAGAGGCCACCUAUUAGCUUGCUCGGCCGUUGGUUCCAAGGAAAAACUUAGCUUGCUCGCGCCGGUGGUUUCAAGAAAGAAAGUUGCUCGCGUCCUAUUUUCCGUCAACCUCUUCGCCGCGGCUACCUGUCCCCUCUUUUAGGUUUGCUCGAUUCGUUUACCUGAUUUUUGUUUUAAGAAUUAGGGUUUUAAAAAUCAGAUCCUAAAGUGACGCGCCAAAUUUAGAAGCGAGAGAGAAAGAGAUUUAAUGGAAAAGGGAAUUGGGGAAGAAAAGGGUUUGGGUUGGCGCAGAGAUGCCCAUCGUCUAACUCGAAUAAAUGCACAUGAAUUCGACACCGGGAAGAAAUCCAGGUACAGUUUUUAUCAUCAUUCUGCCUUUUGAUUUCGAUUCCAAUUUCACAACUAGGUUUUGGUAUUGUAGAUGUCGAGUUGCAAUUUCUAAUCAAUUGGAAUUGCGGAACUUGAUUUUGGUGGAUUCAUACAUUUAAUUUUUUUUGUUUGUUUGAGUCCUAUUCUUGAUGUGCGGAAAAGGAAGGCGGUUCGAUUGAGCAAAGAUGUCGACUCCAAACGUCGCCAAAUUAACAAUGGAUGUGGGAUUGGAUAAUGAAACAUGAGCCGGUGGUUUCAAGAAAGAAAGUUGCUCGCGUCCUAUUUUCCGUCAACCUCUUCGCCGCGGCUACCUGUCCCCUCUUUUAGGCUGUCGUUCAUAGAGCUAAGAACUCAAAAUAUUCAGCUGAUGAGGAUAUGGAGGAGACAGAUGUUAAAGAUCCAAAUUUAAAGCAAUCUCUGGAGUCUGCUACUUCUCAGAUUAGCCAGCUAGCUCUUUCUAAUAGUCCUACUGGUGUUGCCAAUCUUGCAGCUGUUUUUCUGUUCCCGCUUUUCAUAAAUUAUUUUCAGAUGGGUGUCACUGGAGCAGCCACUGCCACCGUUGUGUCUCAAUACAUAGGUAGCUUCUUGAUGAUUUGGUUUCUUAGCAAGAGAGUAAUAUUAUUACCUCCAAAAUUUGGAGAUCUGAAGUUUGGGGUCUAUUUAAAAUCUGGUGGAUUUCUGAUUGGAAGAACUGUGGCUGUUUUGAUAACUAUGACGAUUGGGACCUCGAUGGCUGCUCGUCAAGGUCCUCUAGCUAUGGCUGCUCAUCAAAUCUGUAUGCAAGUGUGGUUGGUUGUCUCUCUUUUAACUGAUGGAUUGGCCGCAUCUGGUCAGGUAUGAGCUUUCAUCUAACUAGGAGGUUCGAUAUCCAGGCUAUAGGUUUUUCAGGCAUCUAGACUACCUCUAUUCUACAGUGCUUGUCCAUUAUGAUUUAUGAUUAUCACAAAAGUUGAAGAUUGUGAAUAAUGUGUGGGUUUUAACCAAAUAGGAAAAGCUUCUUGGAUUAAUAAGCAUUUGUUGUUGUCCAAAGAUCCUGAUUUGUGAACAAUAAACCAAAUAGGAAAAGCUACAUAUUUUCUCAGAGUAUUACACUUAUUACAUGUUUAAUAUGAAUAGUUUUAACUUUCUAACACUCAUUCCAAUCUACUUAUGCAAAUUUAAGGCUUGUUUGGUCGU